AUGCAUCUCGCACUGCUCAUCCUCGCCGCCACCUCCCUCCUCCCCAUCAUCAUCUCCGCCGCUCCCUCUAACAACAUCCUCACAGGCAUCAAGUGUUGUAUGGCGGGCUGCAACACCUGUAACUCUUGGCAUUGCAAGAACUGCCAUGCUUCCCCAUAUUCCACAUGCUGUCCCACUAUCUUAGCAAAGAAAAGAGAUAGCGGUGGCAGCGAGAUCUGGUAUAAUGAGCAGGGUGAGCGGAUUACUAUGGUUGAUAUGCCCGAACCACCGGAGAUUGAGGCGAGAGAGGCGGAGGCUUUGAAGGCGGAUAAAGGUGUGCUUUGGGCGAAGAAAGAUGCUGAUGCGGAAGCUUUGAAAGCUGACAAGGGAGUUCUUUGGGCCAAGGGCGCUGAGGCGGAAGCUUCGAAAGGAAAUAAUCCGGUGCUUUGGGCUAAGAAUGCUGAGGCAGAAUCUUUGAAGACAGACAAAUCGGUACUUUGGGCUAAGGAUGCUGAGCCGGAAGCUUUGAUGGCGGAUAAAGCUGUUCUUUGGGCAAAAGAUUCUGAGGCGGAAGCUUCAAAGGCUGAUAAGGCGGUACUCUGGGCAUAA